CCCCAGGCUCAUCAGGAGAGGAGUCACAACAAAAGCUUUUCAUAUAUUAUACAUCCAUCUGCCAAGUACCAAGUCAUACCUAUUACAAAAACAUUGAGGUCCGCAGAAAUCAGCUAGAAACCAAAAGAUUAGACGGCAGCAUCUCGGACAAGGGGUCUAUCAUCCAGGUCCCAUCUAUAUGUCAUCUCAUACCCAAUCCACGGCAAAGACAUCCUCAGGCGACCCAGACCCCCAGAAUAGUCAUCAGGACUCUUUGGGCUCGGAAUCUUCUGAUCCAUAUAUUCACAGCUACCCAAACAUGUCGUCAUCAUCGCCACAGGGCUCUAGGAAACACAGCUCCUCGAGCAAAUCGAAGCAAAAGUCAGACGAUUGGUCUCAAGUCACGGACCCAGAAGAGAGGAGGCGCAUUCAAAAUCGCAUUGCACAGCGGAAAUUUCGGAGCAAGGCCAGAGAGCAGAAGGAGAAGAGCGACCGGGACUCGCGCAACGUCGAGUACGCCGGUAGUAGUUACCAAGUACCUGGGGCGGACGACCUGGGGCUGACGGAAAGCGAUGUUGCCCCAUCAGGUCUACCAUGGGGUGGCGUUAACAUGCACUACGUCGUUGGACGUGGGCAUGAUGACACGGGAAGCGGUGGUCGAGGGGGCGCGAGCGCAAACACACACCAAAGGGGCGGUUCAACCACGGAAACCUAUACCUAUGGCAGCGAUCCGCAGUAUCUGAGCCCAACCUACCCCGAUAUGAGCAGUUAUGCUUACACGGGACCUGGCAGCUGGGAGGGAAAUGACGAUAACGCUGAGGGAGACGACUCGUUAUAUUACGAGAGCACCCCUUACUACUAUGACUAUCAGGGGUCCUCCAGCCGUUAAUAGACUGGCGGGUAUGACCGAAGAACUCAUGGGGAUGCCCGGUUUAGAUACCUCCCAAGUCCUUUCGACAAAUCCUAUGACUGCCUCAAACACACCCUAAGAAGGUUACACAUACACACACCCAAAACAAAAUCCAGACCUGUUUGGGCUUGUCUCAAAGGAACUUCUGGGCAAAUAUCACGAUUGACGACCAAAGCGUUUACCCAGUUAGCGCCGAUUCUAAGAUUAAGAUCUUUUUUAUCUAGUUAUCUUGGAUCUUACGAUUUCAGUUUUGUAUUUCUAAUUUGAAAUCCCGCCAAGACGGAUGUCAGACCUGUUGUACUUUUUUUUUUUUUUUCUUUCUCCCUCUCCCUCUCUCUUCUCUCUCCUCUCUCCGUCUAAUCCUUACUUGAAUACCAUUUUUAAACAUAAGAUUGUACCAUCAUUUUUUUUUGGACCCCAUCACAUCUCUUAUGGAGGCGAUCCCCCCUCAUCUACACCGCUGGAUAGAAGUUAGAAUUUUGGACUUUCUGCUUUCCUUUUUCAUGUUUAGACUGGGCUAUGUAUUCUUGGGCACACUGAAAACCGUGCGGAACAAGAGCUACGAGAAUUCAAUCUUUUUAUCAUAUAUAAUCGUUGUGAACCGAACGAAAUGUGCAUGUUUG